AUGAGUAAAUAUGUUUUCCACUUUUUGCCCUUCUCUUCGCGUCUUCUAAGGUGAAACGGACACGAAAAAAGGAGCAGAUUUUGUGGCCCGUUAAUUAAAAAUGUUGCCACUCUUUGGGACCAUGCCGAAUGGCGUCAGUUUGCCAAAUCAUCCGAAUUUUCUUAAUCAACUAGCAGCUGCAAUAUCCACCACAACAAACACAACAAUACCUGGCGGCGGAGGAGCAGGUGGCGUCGGGACAUCAUCAACAUCGCCCAAUAACAAACAGUCCAUCAGCAAAAUGAAACCAACAAAUGCGGCGGCAGCAGCGGCGGCAGCUGCAGCAGCAGCAGCAGCAGCAAUUGCCAACCAGACCCAAGGUAGUGCUCCCAUGGAUCUGGAGAAUGAAGGCGAAUUGGAUGGCUUGGAGACGGUGGCUGCAAAACCUGUAGAUAAGCUUGCCAAUACCACAACACCCACCACAUCGUUGAGCCUGCCCGAUGCCCAGCUCUAUUUAAAUGGUCUGAUGCAUACGCCAUCUGGUUAUCUAUAUUUUCCUGCAGCUGCCCAGAAUCCGGGGCCAGGAGGCACACAGCCAACAGCUGGUCAAACGGCAGCAACGGCGGGUGGUGCAGGAGCGGCAGGUGGUGGGGCAGCAGCGGUUAGUGGACCAACUGGUACUGCUGGUGGCGGUGGCUCAGCGAAUGCCAAUGCCCAAAUGUUAAUGGAUCCCACGGCCAUGAUGGCAGCGGCAAUGCAACAAAUGCAACAUAACUAUGCCGCUGCCGGCUAUGCAGCAGCAGCGGCAGCAGCUGGCAUGCCCACCGAUGGAGUGGGCGUGGCUGUAGAGGCUGCUCUAGCCGGGGAUGCACCGGCUGGCCUCAAGGAGGUGAUCAAGACCAAGAAUUGCAUACUCUUUCCACCCAAUCCGAAUGCCCCGCCACCGACAAUUCGAGAACGUCCGCCCGGUUGCCGGACUGUGUUUGUUGGCGGUCUACCCGAAAAUAUCACCGAAGAGGUGAUACGUGAAAUAUUCGAAUCCUGCGGCGAAAUCACCACCUUGCGCAUGUCCAAGAAGAAUUUCUGUCACAUACGCUAUCGCCAUGAAACGGCCAUCGAUCGAGCUAUAUAUCUGUCGGGCUAUCGUCUAAGGAUAUCCACCCUGAAUGAGCCCCCGAAUUUUGGUCGCCUGCAUGUGGACUAUGCCCAGGCGCGGGAUGAUCAAUAUGAUUACGAGUGCAGGCAGCGGCAAUUGCAACGCGAGCAGAGGCAUCGCGAACGCAUGUCCCUGGAUCGCCUACGCUCCCAAUCUCCUCCGCCCAUACCCCAUUAUACGGAUCAUGAGGCCACAGCCGUGGCGGAGCAUUUGAGAAAUAAUGAGACUUUUGUAAAGGCCAUCCAGACCAUAACGGCAUGGUUGGAGCGAGGGGAUUGCACCAAGCGCAAUGCGAAUGUCUUCUAUUCGAUGAUCCAGAGCACUCAUGCCCAUGUGAGGCGUUUGCAUACGGAUAAGCUGCAACUGGAGGAGGAUUUACGCAAGGCCAGGGAAUGCUAUCGCAAGCAAAUGGGCACCAUGUCCACGCAAUUCACUCAGAUUGAAAAAGUGUUCAAUGCCGCUAGUCACAAGAAGGUUUGGGACCAUUUCACCAAAGCCCAAAGAAAAAACAUCGAUCAAUGGAAGAAAUUAGCCACGGAACUGCGCACAGUGCAAAUCGACGAUGAUGAAAUGGAAAUCUCUGACGAUGAGCGAGACUAUGAAAGCAGACGCAGUGGCAAACGUACACGCUACGAUAGUGAAGGUCUCAAAGAUGAGAAUGAUUCACUGCGCUGUCAACUGGAGGCCAUACGGCAUGAGAUGUCCUUGGAGCGCAGCGAUUAUGUGCAACGUGAGAAGCAAAUCAAAGUGCUGCAGGAGACCAUAAGAAAUAUGCAAACCCAAUUGCUGCAGACCAAAUUGCGUGAACAGAAGGAUACAAAAAUUAUUGAUCAAUUGGAAAGGAAUCUCAAGGAUGCGGGCGUUAAGCAAUUGCUACUAAAAACCAAAAUAAAAGAGACUGUCGAUAAGUUAAAGGAUCGUGAGGCGAAUAGUGCCAGUGCCUCGAAUGCUUCCAAUCUAGAUUACAAUAGUAGCAACAAUGCGGAAGAUGAAGACGACGACGGAGAUGAUGAUGAUGACGACGAUGAUGAUGUUGUCGCCGAUGCCAAGCUAGCAGCUCCUUCACAUCCACAACAGACAGUUGAAAUGGAAAUAAUUGAUAUAGAUAAAGUUGAUGAUGAUGUGCGCAUUAUAGAGCAUCAAAGUGGAGUUGUUGAAAUCCAUGAGAUUGAAGAUGAUGAGAAAGUGGAAACGGCAUCAGCUAACACAUCUCCAGCAGCUGCAACUAUAGCUGUGACUGAAGCAGAGCCAAAGGCAAAUGCAAUAGAUAUAUCAAAGGCUGAUAAAUUGGAUACUGAAGCAAAGACUGCUGCUGCUGCCACACAGGAAGAGACAACCAUUCAAGAAAGCAAUGGCUUCAGAUCGUUGGCUCUGUCGGAGGCAAAAGUUAUUGCAUUGACUUCUGCCUAUUUAGUUUUACAUCCCCAUGGAGCUGAAAUCUCUAGCAUUUGCAACUAUUUACAUGAAAUGCUUCUUAAAUCGGAACUGGAACUGAAAAGCCAUACUGAUCUUGCCAAUAUACUCAAAAAGUAUACAAAUCUAUUUAAAUCUGAACUAACAAAAUGGAAAUUUUGUGGUUUUGCGGAAUCUUAGUGAGAAUACUUUACCUCUCUCUAUGAGGCGGAAUGAUAGAUUCUUGACUAUAUGAUCCCCCCCACAGUUACACAGAUUACUAAAACCAACAAAUACAAAUGAUGAAUGCUUUAAUUAAUCUAUAUAUGUAUACAUAUUUACUCUAUGUUGAAGAUGAAGAAUGAGACACAGAGACAUAAUGUUUUAAAUGCAAUCACAAAUGCAAAAUGUGAGAGACCAGUUCCAAAUUUUAUGGGCAAAAAUACUAAUUAUAGUUAACUAAAUCUCUAAUAAUCGCAAGAUUAUUGGUCUGAUGGAAUACACCACAAAUGAAAUACAAACGACAAAGAAAACAAAACAAAAAAAAAAUGAACUACCGUUUCAAUUAUUUAAACAAUUACGCUUAGACACUUAAGCUACAUUAUACACAUACAUACA